AUGGUUUUUAAAAUAUUGAUCAAGAGCACAAUAAUCAGAAUUCCAGUAUUUUUCACAGAGAGAGGGAGAGAGGGAAUUGAAGAAUAUCCUUCGGGAGAGGCAAAGAAGAAAGGAUUUAAAGAAGAUUUCCAAGGUUUUGUAAUGGCUUCAAGACUGAUGAAUCAACAGGAAAACAGAGGGAAGGCUGUUCUCGGGGGCAUUAAGCAGAAGAACGUGGCAGCAGAAAGAAAGAAUCGUCCUGCACUUAUUGACAUUGGUAAUCAGGUUACGAUUCCUGGGGUUGAGGGAAAGCUAGUCCCUAAGGUCUCCACACCGAAUCAUGCACUUUCGUCCACGGAUUCGACAAUGGAUAUACCAAGAAAAGAAUCUGCCAGAGGCCACCAAGAAUUUCCACCAGCGAAAUUAUUUUUUUCCACUUGGUUUCCUCUCUAUGCUCUCUCUUUCUUGUGUUUUUGCCACGUCGAAGUGAAACAAGUGAAUAAGCAUAAUUAUAGAGGCAAAAUCAUUUGAAUUCAAAAUUCAAAACCAAUGGCAUGUGAUAUGACUAGAUGAUAGAAAGUAACAAUUGGAUUUAAUCUAUAGUCCACAAUUAUACCAAACUAGCACAAUCAUUGCCAAACACUCCAGGCCAAUAAUCUUGUGCCAAGUGGAUUUAAGUGAUUCACCUCAUAAAUCUUCACAUUGGAUCACAUAUAAUCUAUCGCCAAAUUCUCCGAUUACAAGUGAUAUCCUUAGUAUGGUCUUAUUUCAUCAUCAUAUCUCACUUUAGCUCAGUCAAUUAACCAAGAAGCUAUCUUUCACCCCAACAUGCUUAGAACGUUCAAGAUAAACAGAAUUUUUACACAAAAUCAAUGAACUUUGACUAUGAGUAAAAAUCAUAGCAUUAUCAUUUAAGAAGUUUAAUUUACAUAGAAGGCCUUUUAGCCAUAGUCUUUUUUAACUUCAAUUAAUGCAACAUAUUUUGCUUCAAUAUUGGAGAGGGUAACUGUAGAUUACAACUAUGAUUUCCAAGUGUUACAAUUAUCACCUAAAGUGAAGAAGUAAGAGGUAAUACAUUUUCUCUGAUCUUUAUCCACUGCAAGGUCAGAAUCUACAUAUAUUUUAUAAAGUUCUACAUAAUAGACCCAAUGACAUUAGCAUAAAAAACAUUACUCAUUUCAUGCAUUUCUUCUUCAGUUUUAGGGCAUUGUGCAUGGUACAUUGAUAGACUUAUCAAAUUUCAUUCCAAGAUUUUUAGUCCUAUUCUUUUUAAUGCCAAGACUUUUCUUGUCUUCCUAAGUCUUUCAUGUCAAAUUUCAAUUUUCAAAAGUUUUUCAUUUUUAUGAUUUCAGCUUUGCUAGAGGUAGCAAGUCACAUGUCAUCCACUUAUAACAAUAGAUAAACUUCACAGCCUACUUUAGAGUUACUGAAAUACAAACAUGCAUCAAAUUCGCAUUCUUCCCCAUUAGAUUUUCAACUUGGAAUUGAACUUCCUAAAAGUUUCAUAUUCCUAAACUUUCCUUGAAUGGUUAUCAACAAUGGAUAAAAAAUCUGAAAAUUGGAUAAAGACUAUGAAAGAGGAGAUCCAGUCUCUAGACAAAAAUGAGAGU